GAACACGUCGCAAACAUCAUACCGAUAGAGGAGCCAGAAGCUCUAGAAGUGUUACACCAUGAAGGCAAUGAAAUCCUCUGGUAUUUAGCAAUGAUAAUUUUGCAAAAACCACGCUUUGAAACACUGCUAUCAUCAUCAUCGGCAGUUUCGGCUUCCGGUAUGUUGUUUGCCUGCGUAAAGAUCCAUCCGCAGCCGACUUCCGCUGGAUGGGUCAACUGAUCAAAUGUAAAGACGGAAUGACAGCUUUCUCUUGUUGCCGACCGCAACUAAGUGUUCGACACUCGCCGUCAUGGUUGCGAGAGACCCUGGCCAACACUGGCAGGAUUUCACGAACGUGAAUGCCCAAUGAAGUGGACAAGAAAGCGUCUGCCACUGUGGCUCAGUUGCUAGAGCAUCAGGCGCGUUAUCCAAAGGCUGUUGUUUCCUGCCAGGCCACCACUGUGCUUCGUGCCACUGACGCCUCUCCGCCUACCACCGUGUCGCCACCCGGUCGUCGUCGCGUGACAUGCUGUCCCGGCCGUACAGUUGACGGCGACCCCUCGUCCCCACUCAUAUAUCUGUGACCUCUUUCACACCCUUCCCCGCCCCUGCGAUCUCGUCGCUGGCAGUCAAAAUUCCGAAGCCAGGCCCAGGCUCUUUUCGGAGGCGAGAUCAGUGGUGCCCCGAACUGUGAGUGCGAAUCCUGCCCUCCCAACCAGAAAUUCACGUAUUUGUAUCCGUACGUCGGCACAAAGUGCUGCUGGGAACAUCAAGCAAGGUGCGCUCGUCUUGCUUCAGAGGCAGACCACGUCGAGGAUUGCACCUUUUCGAGGUAAAGCAAUCAAGACCUGGUGAUCAGGCGCCACCAACCCUGAUGCUUGCUACACCCUGAAAUCGCCGUCCACGCUCCGUGUCGCUGCCGCCCUUCUCUUGGGAGACGCGGCGAAGAAGUACGUCUGCCCCCACCACUGGACUUGCCGUCUUCUGGACUGCCUCCGAGCAGCUCUCGCGUGUGCUGAUUCCUUCCCCAUCAGCGUUGUUGCCGUCAGUUCGCGUGCAGAGUUUCCAACCUGAGUACGAAUACGUAAAAUCCACGAAGCCAUUAAGACGACCACUCUAGCCGACAAACGUUGCAGUGUUGUCACCUUGCCCACAGUGCAUCGGUGGCACGUUUCACCAUAGCGCGUCGACAGUCCGUGACUCAUUCCGCUGCGGUGCCUCGUCGUGCUGGCCCCGCUGCUUGUCUUAGCGCCCUACGCCCGAGGAGGGUGAUACCGUGCCUAAGAACGAUCUACGGCAGCUUCACGUGUUCAUGAUGAAUGUGCACGGCCUCAGGCGCAACGUCAAGAAUGUGGUGCGUAACUACUCGGACGCCCAGGUCAAAGUUCGCGAGGCGACCUCCAACGACCCUUGGGGGCCCCCCUCGACCCUCAUGGGCGAGAUCGCCGACCUGUCGUACAAUGUGGUCGCCUUCACGGAAAUCAUGCAGAUGAUCUGGAAGCGGCUCAACGACCACGGCAAGAACUGGCGGCACGUCUACAAGGCACUGGUGCUGCUGGAGUACCUCAUCAAGACCGGCUCUGAGAAGGUGAGCCAGCAGUGCAAGGAGAACAUCUUUGCGAUCCAGACGCUGAAGGACUUCCAGCACACGGAGGACAACAAGGACCAGGGGGUGAACGUACGGGAGAAGUCCAAGCAGCUGGUGGCCCUGCUGAAGGACGACGAGCGGCUGCGUGCCGAGCGCACACGCGCCCUGAAGGCUAAGGAGCGGUUUGCGCAGGCCACGGCCCGCGUCGGCUCCGAGGCCCUGGCCAAGUAUGGCAGCUCCAGUCGACGGGACUCGUACAACUCUGAUGCCACGUCACCCAGAGGUGAGGACCUCUCGCCAGGCGAGGGUGAUGGUGCGAGCGGCCUCUCCUCAGAGCUGGAGUGCGCCCGUCCCCAGACGGCGGGCGAGGAGGAGCUCCAGCUCCAGCUGGCCCUGGCCAUGAGCAAGGAGGAGGCGGAGCAGGAGGAGCGGCUCCGCAAGCACGACGACCUGCGGCUCCAGAUGGCCAUCAACGAGUCGCAGCACACGACCGCGGCCAUGCCCAAUGGCGGAGCGUCCUCGUCGGGGGCCGGACCGUCUUCGUCCCAUCACCAGGCUGGGGCGGCAACGGGCCUGGACGACCUGCUGGGUCUCAACCUGGGGGCCUCGGGGGGACCCAGCGGUGCCGAUCCACCGUCGGUGACGGAUCCCUGGGGCAUGCCACUCUACGAUGGCGCGCAGGCUGCAGCUCCAGACCCGUGGUCGUCACCCACGGGCAGUCGGCCAGUCACAGUCGGUCAACCGAGUGACCCCUGGCAGUCGCCAACUUCCAAGCCAGCAAAUCAUGGAGACCCAUGGUCAACCAGCCAAGAUCCCUGGCGAUCGUCAGCAGGUGGGCCCACAACCAACGGAAAUGACCUAGACGAGUUUGACACCUUGAGCAAACGGUCGGCCGCUACCAGCCCCAUCUCUGAACAAACUGGUGUAGUUGGCGAUGCACUGGCAUUGGGUGGGUUACGCCGUGCCUUGCCAAGUGCGGAGGAAGACGAACUGAGCAAACGGAAAACGCCGGAGAGCUUCCUAGGUCCCAAUUCGAACCUGGUAAACUUGGACGCACUCGUGACAACGCGACCAGCAGAAGACUUUCCAUCUGCUGGGCCAGGUACAGUGGGCGUGGCACCGCCCGUUGCUGCGAAUCCGUUUGCGGCACCGCUUUCGGCACCGACGACGGGGCUGGUGACACCUGGCGCAGCGGCGGCGGCCAGCAAUCCGUUCCAGGCCUCCAAGCCACCCACAAUCAACCAGCUGCGACUUCAGAACAACAGCUUUGCGGCAACGCCUGUUGCGCCGGUCGUUCCUGCGACGACUACGACACUCCUGACGCACCCGGCUGCCCUGGUUCCACAGCAACCGCUGGCCCCACAUGGCGGUUACGUGGGGAUGCCUGCCGGCGCGACAGCAGUGGGCCAGCAGAACCCCUUCCUCUGAAGGCACUCGCAGCAGUAGUGGGGGGUUCUGCUUUUGCACUAGGACUGCGAUUAAAAAAAAAAAGCGCGACAGUCGGGCCUGCUGCUGGCUUACCUGGCAGUGUAUUGUCCUUGUUAAAAAAAAAAAAAAACAUUUUGCGUCACUCUGGAAAACCCCUUAUUUCGUCUUAGUUGGUGCGUGUGAAGAGAUCCGAGAUGGUUUUGCGCAUUUAGUGUGGUGAUGUUCCAUUACAUUUCUGUUUCUCCCUCAUGGCGCAAACGAAAAGAAAGACGACGUGUCAGCAGUUCCUUCUCAUACGUGGCGAGCUGUGAACUAUACUUCUUUUACCGUAUCGUGCGAAGCCGACCAGACUGAUGAUCUUGCCUGACCGUCAGACAAGGCACGAUGAUGCGAUGUUUGUGCUUGGGACAUCUUUAAUGAGGUGUAAAAGUGUACGGUAGAAAGUGAAGGGGCUGGUUAUACAUCGAGAAGUUUUAAUAUAUAUAUACACAUAACAUUAUACGGGGAACAGAAUUGAGCACGGUUGCAGUUCCCACCCAAGAUCUCCGAAAAGGAAUAGUCGUGCAUGUUAAAAUAUUUGGAAGUGGUGCUUGUUUUUUCUUCGUACUUGACAGAGCGUCGGUCUUCUUCAGAAUGACUGAGCAUUUACACGAGAUAGGCACAUAAAUGUGUUGACGGAGCGAGAUGUGGGGCAUGACAUCGUACAAGACUAAGCUCCCUUCCCGCGCCGUCUCAUCGAUGUGUCGAGCCACUAGAGUGACCCUGUUGGGGGUUCGUGGAAUAUUGGAAGAAACGAAAAAUUUGCAUUUCGCAGACUUUCUCCACCAUGUGUUUAUUUUUCGUGCAGUGUUGGCUGUGAGUAAGCAGGGUCCAUGUGUUGGCGAAUGUAGUGCCGAGUGUUACACAUUGUGUUUUGAGUUGUGGAUGGGCCCGACAAGAAGCGAAUGAAGAUGGCUUUAGUUGCAGAAGGUUGCGCUGCCUCGUUGAGCAAGAAGGGAGUCGCGACUUCUCAAUGUCGCCACUCUGCGAAGUUGUCACGAAAUACCACUGCGGCAAAACAUCUGCUGGUGGUGCUUCCUUACCAAGGCAUUGCUCUCGGUGGCCAUCACAGCCGUUACAUCAAGUGCGAGCGAUCCAACGAACGUUGACGCCUCAAGCGUGCACGCUCUGUAUUUUAGAAGCUGAAAAAGAACGAGCCAGCUCCUUUGGAGGUGUCUGCAUGAGGGAGUUUUUGCAAUUGUGGUUUGUGAAGCUCUUCGUGUUUACUCCGAGCCCCAUAGGGGCUUGAGUGGGUUACCCUGUGGUACAGGGUAAUCCGAAUGGCUAAUGUCUCCAAAACCAUGGUGGGUGACUAAGGUUGAUGGUAGCACCUAUCCCACCUUUUAAACCUAGUUCCAAGUGUUCCUUGCUUGAUGAACGCAGUUUUUGCAUGGCCGUGCAGUUUUAUCGUACACCAUGCGGUUGAAGCUGCAUAGGAAGCGAGACCAUUUGCUUCCUUACAAGUUCAGUGGUGGAGAACUUGAAUAGUCCCGCCUGUUCAUUAUUUUUUACACUGUGUUAAAAAAAAAACAUAUUGCACGACAUUUUGCGCUUAGACGCGUCUGCUCUCAGCUCGGGGCCAUUUGCGAAUGUUUUCGUCUACUUGCCAUGUCGCAUCUUACACUGCGAGCAAUGUUGGUUGCUGCAUUUCACCCCUAAACUCUGUCUUGCGCGGGCGUACGUACCCGUGCUGGCUGAGGAAAUCCAGAGAAGGCUUUUGAAGGGAAAAAAAAAAGAAAAAAAAAAUUGAUCUGCACGUUUAUGGCUAUCACUAGUUACGCUUUUCAGUUGAGCACUUUUUACCAUACCACUGAUAUUGCCAGCCUCCUGAUGUGUACUGGGGUUGCGCGCGUUUUUUGCAACACAAUGAAGCUCGCCGCCGUGACGUAUGGACUCUCUGGCGGCAGCAGCGAAAAUGAGCGUCGCUCUUUUUGUGUGGGUGUAUGGCUGUGUGUAGCCACAGCUUGCUGUGGGGCCGGCUCGUGUCAUUUUUUUUUCAAGCAUGAAUGUACUAGCAUAGAUCCUUUGUAUCACCUGUUCCUAGUUAAAAGAAGAUAUUCGCACUGAAAGCUGUCCACCAUUAUCUACAUGUCCGACGUGUGGGCUUAGUGUACAAAGCUGCAUUGUAUCUAUUUGCUUUUUACAGGACGGGGGUGGGCUUUGAUAGUGCACCUGCAUAGGUGAAUGUGCCACGCUAAGAACUAACGUUUUUGGGCAGGGUUGGGUCGUUCACGUGAAUGUACCGUAUGCAGGGGGCACAUGCUGGUGUUUGUGUGCUAGCAUUUAGAGGUGUUGAAUACGUGCUUUUGAAAGCAUGAUGCGAAGGAUUGUAACCUUGUGUAGACUUGUACAAAAGGAUGCCCGACGAGGGACGUGUGCGGGUCAGUUUUUUGUGUGGCCGCGUGGGUACGGAUGUCGCUGACUCUCCUCGAGAAUGUAGUCGCGGAGCCAUAGGUGCUCGGCAGCUUGCAGUGUUGGAAAAAAAAAAAUGGUGGAUGAACAAAGCGUGUGAUCUUCCACUUGAAUGCAGAACUGUCUUGCAUGGUUAAUUAUCACUAUUGGUACGGACGUAAACAAAUGCCGUGUUGAGUAAGCCACCCCAAUCAGGCAAUCGCCGAUAUGGUUAGAGUGGCCACCGGCAUUUGCUAGCACGUUUGCAAUCCACUGCUUUUUAGCUUACAUCGGCGUUAUGGUGUCAAUGCAAGAGCCGUUGGUAUGCAUCAUGGAAUUCGACAUUCCGUCACAACAAUCCGUGAAACGUGCAUUGCAAGUGUUUUCUUAAAUGAUGAGUGUUUGUCUAAAAUGUGAAAGUGUGCUUUGUUCUAAUGAGGGCAGAAAAAAAACUUAUGUUAGUGCAUGUGGACUUGUUUUUUGCUAAUGAAAUGAACUACUUCUAUUUACAGAGUUUUAUUAUAGCUUUUAUAAAUGUAGAGUUGCUAAUUGCUUAUACUGCAAGUCCUUUGAAUGGAAGAUGUGUGUCUUAUUGCUCCUUUAGUGAAGAUGUUUUGUUCUUUGUUUUGAAUGUGUGGGCGUGAGUGAAUGUACGUUCAAGUGCGUUGCAUACUCUUGUUUCGAAUGACUGAGAAACGUUGCAUGGUAUAUCUGUUGCAAUGCCGGCCAGUGCUAACAUUAAAGAAAUACGUUGCGGAAUGUUCUCUCAGCUGUGGAACGGAAGGGGGGGGGGGAGGAGACGUCUGUUGUGUGUCACUCAAGAGGACUGGUAGGAAUGCAGAGAUAAAAAUAAAACGAUGCGCUCUGUUCA